AACGCUCAUGAACAUUUCAGAUCCUCGUGUUCUUUGUUGUUUUUUCUUUGAAGUGCAUAUUUAAAAGUUCUGCUUCAAGUGAAUGGUGUGGUAAAUUGUGUGUGUGUGUGUGUGUAUGUGAAUUUGAGCGCAAAAUGGACUCAUUCGUUGAGGGCGAGGUCCAUAUGUUGCAAUGGCCGGAUUACCUCGUCAUCGGCGUAAUUAUGUCAUUCUCCGUCAUGGUCGGUAUCUAUUAUCGAUUCAGCGGUGGUCGACAACAGUCAGCCGCGGAAUACUUCAGCGCGAACAACUCGAUGGGUAUUCUACCUCUUGCGAUUGCCAUGAUGGCUUCUCAAAUAUCGGCAAUCACCAUGCUUGGAAUGAGCGGGGAGGCUUAUAUUCGCGGUCUGUUCGUCAUGUUGCUGUACACCAACGGUAUUUUCGUCGUGCCGCUUAUUGCUCUGUUAUAUCUGCCAGUAUACUUCGAGUUGAAGGUCGUGAGCAUCUACGAGUAUCUGGAAAAGCGAUUUGGAUUGUAUAUGCGAUUACUGGUGAGCGCGGCUAAUUUCAUCGAGACGAUGUUACUGACCGGCGUGAUGUUGUACGCUCCUUCCAUAGCUCUCGAAGCCACCACAGGCCUGUCCAGUAUCAUGAGCAUUUUGAUACUCGCCGGAAUCUGUACCUUCUACUCGACCAUAGGCGGGAUCAAAGCGGUUUUGGUCACCGAUAUUUUUCAAGGCUUGCUCAUGAUCGUUUCUCUCUCCGUUAUUAUCUUCAUCAUUGUCGUAAACACCGAUGGCGGAAUUGCGGGUGUCUGGCGUAUCGCGCAGGAAGGAAAUCGUUUCGAUUUUAACCACUUCAGUUUGGAUCCAACCAUUCGCUAUACAUGGUGGUCUCUGAUGAUUGGCGGAGGCGCGGUAUGUACGUCAUUUAUCGCGGUGAAUCAGGUGCAAGUUCAACGUUUGAUGACCGUCAAGAAUGUAAAGGUGGCUACAAACGCUCUGUUUCUGUGCGGUCCCUUCAUCCUGCUAAUAGGUUUCUUAACGUGUUUCACCGGGAUAACUCUCUACGCGGUUUACCACAACUGCGAUCCUCUGACUUCCGGAAAAAUCACGACUUACGACGAGUUACUGACAUACUUUAUCGCGGAGAGAUUGUCACCCGGUACGGUCGGUCUCAUCGUUUCCGGCAUCUUCAGUGCGAGUCUGAGCACAAUCUCCGCAAUGAUGAACUCGCUGGCCGCGGUGGCGCUCGAGGAUUACGUGAAACCGUUGCAUCGAAAAUUCGGAGUAGAAUUUUCCGACAACAAAGCCGCCUUCACGGCCAAGGCUCUCACCGUUAUGAACGGCUUUCUCUGCUUGUUCUUAGCGCUGCUUGCGAAAACGAUGGGCACGCUGAUCUCCGUCGGUCUCAGCAUUCACGGAGCCGUCGGCGGACCGAUUCUGGGCAUUUUUACUCUCGGAAUGUUCACUGAAAGCGCCAACGAGAUAGGAACCAUUAUUGGCAUGAUUACAGCGUUAAUCGUUUGCUUAUCGGCCACCUUCGGGCCGAAGCCGCCUGUUCCGGCGCUGUCGGUGUCGGUCGAAGGUUGCGUCAACUCUACAGAACUGAUGCUUGCCGAACAAAUGAUGUCCAACAGUACCAUAGAGGAGGAUCCGUCGUCGUAUUUCUAUUUGUACCGCAUUUCCUACUUGUGGUACAAUCCCAUAGGACUGACAAUUACUUUAGUGGUAGGAUAUAUAGCAAGCUUAAUAGUGCAACGCAUUCAACGCGGAAACAAUAUCGAACACGACCCAAGUUUGUUUGUGCCAUUUGUGGCAGCCAGAAUCAAGCGGCGACGCCAGAACGCGCAGAAAACCACGAACAGUCAGAUCUUCGUGCUGGAACCUAGCCACGUAAGAUGAGAACACGAAUAAUCAAUGAUUAUGUUAUUGAUUACUAAUGUCAGAUGUUGCAUCGAAUCAAAUCGAGAGUAUUUCAAAUUUUUCUUCGACAAAGCAUGUUAUUACACAAGCUUUUA